CUCGCACCUUCCCUUCCAUUACAAGAAGAUUUUGUUUACCACUGGAAAGCAAUCACCCAUUACUACAUAGAGACGUCAGAUGACAAAGCUCCUGUGACUGAUACCAACAUUCCUUCUCACCUGGAACAGAUGUUGGAUAUUCUAGUUCAAGAAGAAAAUGAGAGAGAAUCGGGCGAAACAGGACCAUGUAUGGAAUAUUUGCUACAUCACAAGAUUUUGGAGACGCUCUACACACUAGGAAAAGCUGAUUGUCCUCCAGGAAUGAAACAGCAAGUUUUGGCUUUUUAUACAAAACUUCUUGGAAGAAUACGGCAACCUCUUCUUCCUCACAUAAAUGUGCAUAGACCAGUGCAGAAAUUAAUCAGGCUGUGUGGUGAAGUUCUGGCAACACCAACAGAAAAUGAAGAAAUUCAGUUUCUCUGUAUAGUAUGUGCAAAGCUGAAACAGGAUCCAUACCUGGUCAACUUCUUCCUUGAGAGUAAGUUAAAAGCAAUGGCUUCCAAAGGAUCAUCAAGUGUAAUCACAGAAGACAUGCUAAAAGGCCAAGACUCUUUGACAACAGACACAGGACAGCCUGUUCAGCCUGAAGAAAUACCUAGUGCUGCUGGAGCGGAGCAAACGGAGAAGGAAGAUGACCUUCCACAACAGGCAGAUGAUCUCUCUUUCAGUCUGGAUGAUCUAAAUGUCACAUCGUCACCUGAGUGCUCCACUGUUUGUCCAAAUCAAGACUAUAAUUUAGUGAAUUCUCUACUAAACCUCACUAAAAGUCCCGACGGCCGGAUAGCAGUGAAGGCCUGUGAGGGCCUCAUGCUUUUGGUGAGUUUGCCAGAACCAGCAGCUGCCAAGUGCCUGACUCAAAGCACUUGUUUAUGUGAAUUGUUGACAGACAGGCUGGCCUCCCUCUACAAAGCCCUGCCUCAGUCACUGGAUCCCUUAGACAUUGAAACAGUGGAGGCAAUUAACUGGGGUUUGGAUUCCUAUAGCCACAAAGAAGAUGCAUCUGCUUUUCCAGGAAAAAGAGCGUUGAUUUCGUUUCUUUCAUGGUUUGACUACUGUGAUCAACUCAUCAAAGAGGCACAAAAGAUUGCUGCUGUUGCUAUGGCAAAAGCUGUGCGGGAACGAUUUUUCAUUGAUGUUAUGGAACCCCAGCUGAUGCAAACUUCAGAGAUCGGAAUCCUCACAUCAACUGCACUAUUGCAUCGCAUUGUUCGUCAAGUGACUUCAGAUGUCCUGCUGCAGGAAAUAGUUUAUUUUAUACUUGGAGAAUCCAGAGAGCCAGAAACUUUGUCAGACAUCAACAGGCAUCCAUUGCGACACAGGUUAAUCGAACACUGUGAUCACAUUUCUGAUGAGAUCAGCAUAAUGACUUUACGGAUGUUUGAGCACCUUUUGCAAAAACCCAAUGAGCACAUUCUUUAUAAUUUGGUUCUGAGAAACUUAGAAGAAAGAAACUACAUGGAGUACAAGCCUCUCUGUCAAGAAGAUAAAGAUGUGGUAGAGAAUGGACAGAUUGCAGGAGCAGUAGACCUGGAGGAAGAUCCGUUAUUUACUGAUCUGUCUCCAGAUAACACAUUGUCAACUCAAGAGUGGCUCAGUGCUUCUCCACCUGUCAGUCCAGAACACCCAAAAAAUGAUGGGAAGACUGAAGUUCAUAAAAUUGUAAAUAGUUUUCUCUGUCUUGUGCCUGAUGAAGCUAAGUCUUCAUACCACGUGGAGGGUACAGGUUAUGAUACUUACCUCAGAGAUGCCCACAGACAAUUCCGGGAUUAUUGUGUCAUCUGCUUACGGUGGGAGUGGCCUGGAUCUCCAAGAUCUUUGGAAAAGUGCAAUUUAGAAGCAUCAUUUUUUGAAGGACACUUCUUGAAAGUCCUGUUUGAAAGAAUGGGCAGAAUUCUUGAUCAGCCCUACGAUGUAAAUUUACAAGUUACGUCAGUGUUGUCCAAACUGUCCUUGUUUCCUCAUCCUCAUAUACAUGAAUACCUUUUGGAUCCUUACAUAAACCUGGCUUCUGGCUGCAGGUCUCUCUUCUCUGUUAUUGUCAGGGUCGUUGGGGACCUCAUGGUUAGAAUCCAGCGCAUCCCAGAUUUCACUCCCAAACUUCUGCUGGUCAGAAAACGCCUGCUGGGCUUGGAGCCCGAAGGGCCCAUCAUUGACCACAUGACGUUACUAGAGGGCGUGAUUGUGCUGGAAGAAUUCUGCAAAGAGCUGGCAGCGAUAGCGUUUGUGAAGUAUCAUGCCUCGACUACACCAUAA